UGACGGGUUCCACAUUCCGACGGGUUUGACGAUUCGACAAGACACCGUCCUGUAGUUACUACUGUACGGAACAAGCUGCUAGCGCCUCAGCAAUCUGUACGGUUGUUUUAUAUAACGUACAAUACACGUCACUGCGUUUGUCCGUAAAGGGGAAACAUAAGAAUAUCUGACAAAUUCAGUUGUGCUGAACAAGACAAUGUCUGACAAGACCGAGAACCAAACCUCAGACCCUCCUGAUGCACACAGAGAGCGUCUAGAGGAAAACCCGGGCACUGGGCUAUUAAAUUUGAAGGAAGAGGAUGAGACAGAUGACAUGAAUAGUCAUCAGACUGAAAUACAUUGGUCCCUCCCUGCCGAUGAAGAUAACGCUGAUAUAGUGAAAGUUGAGAUAACAGAAGAUCUGUGUGUGAGGCAUCAACUGGAAGCACCAGAUGAGGAAACCAGUGACAGUAUCAGCCCAGGCUGUACGGAUGUGACACCUUCAGAUGGCUCAGCGGUUGAGCACAGAGGAGAACCGUAUGUGUGUGAUCACAUGAAGACUGAGGAUGAAGUUCCUAUAAAUAUGGCUACAGGUGAAUUUACAAACUGCAGUAAUCCUAGUCCUAGCCAUGGUGAAAAUACAGAUACUUGUUUCAAGCUUCUUCAAAAUCAAAGAAGCAACGAGGAAAAUUUAUGUUCUGAAUAUGGGAUUUUUUUUACCAGGAAAUCAAAACUUUUAAGACAUCAGACAAUUCAUACAGGAGAGAAAGCAUUUUCAUGUUCUGACUGUGGGAAAUGUUUUACUCGGAAAUCAAAUCUUAUUGAUCAUCAGAAAAUUCAUACAGGAGAGAAAGGGUUUUCAUGUUCUCACUGUGGGAAAUCUUUUGCUUGGAAAUCAAGUCUUAUUGAUCAUCUGAAAAUUCAUACAGGAGAGAAAGCAUUUUCAUGUUCCGAGUGUGGGAAAUGUUUUGCUCGGAAAUCAAUUCUUAGUACACAUCAGAAAAUUCAUACAGGAGAGAAAGCAUUUUCAUGUUCCGAGUGUGGGAAAUGUUUUGCUCAGAAAUCGAAUCUUAUUGAUCAUCAGAGAAUUCAUACAGGAGAGAAAGCAUUUUCAUGUUCUGAAUGUGGAAAGUGUUUUACUCUGAAAUCAAAUCUUAUUAAACAUCAGAUAAUUCAUACAGGAGAGAAAGCAUUUUCCUGUUCUGAAUGUGGGAAGUGUUUUACUGACAAAUCAACUCUUAGAAGCCAUCAGAAAAUUCAUACAGGAGAGAAAGCAUUUUCAUGUUCUGAAUGUGGGAAGUGUUUUACUCAGAAAUCACACCUUAUUACACAUCUGAGAAUUCAUACAGGAGAGAAAGCAUUUUCAUGUUCUGAAUGUGGGAAGUGUUUUACUCGGAAAACAUAUCUUAUUAGACAUCAGAAAAUUCAUACAGAAGAGAAAGGGUUUUCAUGUUCUGAAUGUGGGAAGUGUUUUACUCAGAAAUCAUAUCUUAUUAGACAUCAGAAAAUUCAUUCAGGUGAGGAAGCAUUUUCAUGUGCUGAAUGUGGGAAGUGUUUUACUCAGAAGUCAACUCUUAUUACACAUCAGAGAAUUCAUAUGGGAGAGAAAGCAUUCUCAUAUUUUUCACAGAGCGAACCCCUAUGUUAAGCCAUUAUUUGGUUUUGGAUAGUCCCCCUAGCUACAUAAAAUGCAAUGUGCUGAAUUAUAACAAAUAAUAUUUUUUUUCUUUUGAUUUCCAAAUACAAAUUUUUCUUAAAUAAAAAAACACUGAAAUAUUUUAGAAAGGUUACUUAAUAUAUUUAUAAAUCCAUAAGUGUCUUGACUACAUUUGAGAAAAUACCCUCAAUAAUCUUGUGUAUUUAAAUUGUAAUACAAAUAUGAUUUCUUUCAUACAGAAGUGGGAGUCCACAAUCCAUUUGAUUAUUGAGUGAGGGAGUUUCUCAGACCAAGUUGUGGCUCACUUGCCCUCAGAGUUCAGGGAUGUUUUUGGAGUAUGUGUAGUGGCAUUUUUUUCACCUAUUGGGAUUUAGUCACAAGCUUUUCCACAUGUGUUACAUGGAUGUGUCCUUUGCCUCUUUCUGUUUGUUCAUCAAUAUACUCCUAUUCCAGAUCCUCUGCUGUUAUGUUUCAGCACUGGUUUUGGCUUCCUACUGGUUUUCUCCAUUAGUAGGGUGUCCAAUGUUAAGUACUAUAUUUUUUGCUAUUUGGCAAUCUAUAAACCUCUUCUGUUAUUGUUAUAUAUUUAUUUAAUUAAUUUCCACUUUAAAAACUAUUUUAUAUAUUUGUCAUGUUUUCACUCAUGUAUAUUUUUUUAAAGCUUACAGGCGUUUCACGUGCAUAUAAUUUAAAAAUGUGGCGAGUUCUUCAUGCACGUACAUUUUAUUUAUGCACAUUACUGUACGUUUUGGCAUGUUUUUUUAUAUGAUGCCAGAUUGACAUGUGCUUCCUCUCAUAAUUAUGCUAUCUGGAUACCAGGUGUCCUGAGUGUUAGCGUGUCUCUGCUUUAAUGAUUUUUUUAAUUUAUACAUUUUCUAGAUGAUUUUUUAUAAGGGUUGUUUCCCUUUCUUCAAUAGCUCUUUUAAUGGGGAUAUUACCAUUUAGCUAUAUGCUUGUUUUUUUCUGCACUUAACUUCAGUAUUAGUUUCCUGCAGUUAUGGAGCCUUCUGACUCUGUCCCUAAAUCUGCCUUAGAAGCUGGGUCAUCUGAACACUUUUCUUACGAGUGUUAAAUGUUAAUAUUGUAAACAAGAAGAGGUCUUACCUCCAGCAAACAUAUGCAAUACGUUUAUUUAUAUAUAUAUAUGUGUGUGUGUGUGUGUUAUUAUUAACAUACAAUCAAAAUAACCAAAUACGGGUAAUACAUUUUUUACAAUAUACAUUGUUAUAACAUAACCCAUGCUUAGUUCUAGUACAAUGUAAAUUAGUUUACAUAACAAAAAUAAAUGUACUAUUCUCUUGUA